AUGGCUUCCCUUCUCCGAGCAUACAACUCUGCGUUGAUUCGCAGGCCCAUGUUGGCCCAAUGUCUCACUGGAGGCAUCCUAUUUGGCGCGGGGGACUUCAUCGCCCAGCAAGCCGUGGAACGACGCGGGCUAUCAGACCACGAUCUCAGUCGGACGGCGAGACUGACGUUCUAUGGCGGCUGCCUUUUCGGACCCACACUCACAAAAUGGUACCAAUUCCUCGGUCGCAUACAAUUCGCGAGUCCCACGAAAGCCGUCAUAUACAGAGUAUGGCUUGAUCAGGCGCUGCUUACGCCCGCUUCGAUCCCAUUCUUCUUUGGUGCCAUGUCGAUUCUUGAAGGGAAGCCACACGACGCUAUUCCCCGAAUCACAUCUGCCUAUGUUCCGACCCUCCUACGAAAUUGGUGUGUGUUCCUCCCAACCCAGAUAAUCAACUUCUGGCUUGUACCGCCGCAUCUCCGAUUUGUCGUUGUCUCCGUUGUUGGCCUAUUUUGGAAUACAUACCUAAGUAUCGCAAACAGAGAGCACUCUCGCCAACAUGUUGAGGCCAAUCCCACCGUUCUUCCUGUUGUAGAUGAAAAGGACGCAGUCCCUUAG